UGUAAAUAUACAAGUAAGUACAUACAUGCCAGAAUAAUGAAGAAAUAUUUUAUUAAAUGCAAAUACAUCUGUUUUCUGAAUUUAAGGUUGUUUUUAGGCUCGUAUUAUACAUAGAUGGAAAUGAGUUUUACAAGAUCUGUGUUUAAGUUUUUUAUAGAUUUUCAGCAGAAAAAAAACGAUCAUAUGAUUUCCAUAGCUUAUUUCCACAGUAAUUUGGUCUUGCUUUCGGUAGUUUUGGUGGGCUAUUUAAAAGCCACAGGUUUGAUUUUAUUCUCAUUUCUAUAAAUAAGCCUUUUUAAUAUUGAAAUUUGCGAAGUAAUCAUAAAUUGUCUGUAUAUAAUAUGCCAAUUUCGAUUUGGUCUUUACAGGAGGUCUCUCUCUUUCUCGGUUUACUUAAAGCUCUAAAAUGAUUUAGAGUUCAUUAGCUUUCCUUGCAGCCCAAGACUGACAUUGCUUUCGAGUUUAAGACGUACUAUAAGAUAAAUGAAAUCAACGACUUCCAAAAUAGGAUAUUCAUGAACCAGACAAGAUAGAGUGAACGGAACUAAUAGAGUGGGGGUCCGCCAAUAAUAUCAUGAUUCGUAUAUUAUAUAGCGAAAGAAAUGAAUUGAACAAGCACCGACUGACGUAAUAGAGAUGAGGUUUUUAUAUACUAUCUUAUACAUAUAAUACAUAAGUGACUACUAACUUAUUAUAACUUCAACUUGUAUGUUUGCAAUGAUCUUUGUAACACUUAAAAGGAGACGUCGGAGACCCUUUUUAGUAUAUAUACAAAUAAUCAGCGUGACGAGCUCAGCCGACUUAACCAUGUUCGCAAGUCCGUCUAUCUGGAUAUACGCGAACUAUAGCUGCCCUACAAACUGAACGAUUAAACUCAAGCCCUUGUACGGAAAACGGUUUUAUUCAUAAAAAAAAAAAAAAAUUACAAAUCGGGCAGUCUAUAACAUAUACAACUGACCAAUCAAACUCAAUUCCUUGUAUGCAAAUUUGGUAUAUAUUUAUAGCCAUCGCUAUAAUAUCCGAACAUAUUGUUCAGAUCGGCCCAAUAUUGCUUAUAGCUGCCAUUCGAACUGACUUAUCAAAAUCAAAUGAAGAUCUUUUAUACUUUUUUAUGCUACAAAAAUGCACCUGUGAAGGGUAUAAUAGCUUCGGUGAAGCCGAAAUUAAGGGUUUUUCUUGUUUUCAUUUAUAAGGCCAUGAACUAUAAUAUAUAUUUUUUAUAUUUUGCUUAAAUAAAACUGUAUAUAAAAUAUAUGUAACACUAAUAAACAUAACUAUCUAAACUAAAUAACUGUAUAUAAAAUUCAAUAUUUCCUUCUUAAAUUAAAGCGUAAAACACAUUCACAAUAAUUUGGCAAUUUAACCAUACGCUCUACCAACACACCAUUCACCAAUACUAUCAAGCUUCUAUAGACAUAGUGUUGUUUGCAUUUGGAUGAGACGCCAAUGGGCAUUAGAUCCUCAUAUUUACAGGAACUGCCCUCAUUUUCGCACUGCUCCACCAACACGCCCUGUCUAUGGCGUUCAUGCUGCACUACCAACACCCAUUUGGACUCUUUUGUUUCAACACUUUUCGGAUAAAUGAUGCGCGAUUUGCUAUUGCAAAAGUUCUCCUCCGCCUCCUCGUUCAUGCGAUUUGUCACAUUGAAGGGUUGCAUGAAAUCGUCUUUGAAAUAUGAACUGAAUUGCUCAAACUGCUGCGGAUCGAUCUUGUCUAGCUGUGAGGAUUCCAAAUAAUUUGGCACAUCAGUGCAGUAUGACUGCCCAGCAGUGCGUUCUGCGCAGAUAAUAUUCUCGCCGUUGUCAUCUUUGCCAACAACCUCAUUGGGAUGGGCGCCUGAGGGUAGCGUACUGAAUACCAUCAUACCGGGACCGACUUUGAAGAUACUAUCCAAUUUACUAAGCACAUCGUUAGCCCCAUUCGGAUCAGCGUGCGAUUGUGGUCUGCUAUUGGUUUUUUGCACUCUCAACAAUAACGAAAACGCCGUUAAUGUUAAUAAAAAUGUUAGUUUCAUUGCCUUCAUUGAUUUUUGGAAUUUAGAUGUUGAAUAUCACUUUUAUUUUAAUACGAUGUGUCUUCGCCGCUGAAAAUUUUGUUGACUACUGAACACUAAAAUAAAAUUUCCAGCACAAUAUAUAUACACAAGGCCGAGUAAGGUGUACAUGACUGAAAACUUCGAGUUUAUAUGUGCAGUACCUGUACAGUUUCUCUUUGUGCCUUAACCUUUCCGAAACACAUCUUAAGGUAAUUUCCAUUGGGUUUUCCCAAAUUAUGGGUUACUUUAGGAGUGCGACGACAGCUGAUGCACUGCGUUGUGUUCUCCCCUCUCCAAAAAAAAAACCUGAAAAUAUUGUCAUUUCUGACCUUAACUGCAUAUGGAUUUAGUGUUUGCAUGACCGUAUAUACAGUCAUUUGUUAUGGGAAAAAACAAGUACGGCAAGAUAAAUUUCGGUUUAAAAUAAAAUUUUAAAUAUGCCACAAAAUUCAGAUAAGCUUCACAAAUAUUAUUUCAUCACCUGCAAAACAUAAAUCACCUGCAAUUAUGGGAAUUGUCUUUAGAAUGCCAUUACUAAAUAGAAAACCUAAAGUUUCCGAUUUUCAUAAAUUUAAUGUAUACAAUCUGAAAUUGAAAAUAAAAAUCCAUACUUCCCUUUAUACCUUUCAUACAGCAUAGCAAUGAAAUGCUUCCGAAAUAUUCGCACGAACCUUUUUAUUCGUUUUACAACAAAACAAUUAAAUCCUUUUUUAACUCCACCGGAAUUUCCUAAUCUGCUUCGGAAAUAAUCGCGCGAACUUUUUUACCUGACUGCACGGGAAUUUCCUAUUCUGCUUACUAAAAAAUCGCGGAAACUUUUCUCGCUGCAGUCGCGAUAACAGCAGAUUUUUCUCCUCAGAGCGAGCUAUAUAUUGAGCUAAAAAUGGGCUCGAGGCAUCAGUCAUUAACACUGAAGUGAAAGCGAAUAGACAGUUUAAGUUUUUUUUACUCAAAAAAGUAAGCCAGAGAAUUUCACAUUUAGAGCAUUUCUAUAUUAAAACAAAUAAGAUGUCUGUAAAGUUGUCGUUAUUGCUCACAAUGGUUGCAUUUUUCUUGAUGCUUCGAAAAACCAAUGGCAGACCACUGCCUAAAGCCGAUGCACCCAAAGAUGUGAUCAAUAAACUGCAGAGUAUCUUUAAAGUUGGCGAAGGUAUUAUGGUAUACAACACAGGAAUAGCAAGAGAAGAACUUGAGGAUGACGAAAUUGUUUGCGCCGAACGUAGAGCUGGAAAGUCAUAUUGUAAAGAGGUUGAAAAUUAUAUGGAGGCUACACGUCUAGACAAAAUCGACCCAGAACAAUUUGCUAAAUUCAAGGAAUAUUUCAAAGACGAUUUGGAACCAGCACAAAUGGUGGCAACCCGCAUGGAUUUUGGAAAGUUGCCAUGUAAUAGUAGAACAAAUAUUAUAUAUCCAAAGGGCGCUGAGUCAGAGGAUUCGAAAUGGUUGUUGAUAGUGCAACAUGGACAACACAAGCAAGGUAUUUUGGUAGAGGAGUGCGAAAAUGAGGGCCGACCAUGCGAAGAGAAUAGUACCUUGCCGCUGAAGGAUAUUCCAAAAUGUAAACAAAGUUUCACCUAUCGUAAAUUGGUUGUGUUGGUGAAUGGCGUGAUGAAGGAGGAAAUGGUGAAAUUGCCAAGUACCUGCAAAUGUAGAAUGUGCUCCACAUAAAGAUAUAUACCUAGAAUAUAAGUAAUAAUAUUUAAUUUAAAAUAGUAAUAAAAAUAGACAUUUUAAUUAAAAUGUAUUAAUGUUAAAAUUUUAGCUUGCAUUACGAUAUUAUUAUUUAGAACUUGCAAGAAGAGAUAUAAGAUAUUAAAAAAUUAGUUAGUGUAUUGAAACGCAUGGUGUUUCAAUAUUGCUUUAAGUAUGGGAAUGUAUGAGAACUGAAUUAAAUUCUUUAGAAAGGACAAUAAUCAAAGCGAAAAUUUA